AUGCUUCUCUCCGCUUUGAGGCUUGGCCGAAUCCCACGCGAAAUCGUCUUUGCUGUGGCAAAAGGGAUGUAUGGCCGUUCCAAGCGAUGCUUCAAGCUUGCUGCUGUGCGUGUGAUGAAGGAUCUGAAUCAUAGGUACUGGCUAAGAAGAAAAAGGAGGAAGCAGAUGCGAAUUCUGUGGAUUACUCGCAUACAGGCUGCGUGCAGAGAGUAUGGCAUGUUCCCCUACAGCCGGCUCAUCUCUGGAUUGACACGUGCCAACAUGGCUGUCGACCGCAAGAGCUUAUGCAUCUUAGCAGAGACUGAGCCAGUAAGCUUCAAAUGCGUGCUGGAUGAGGCCAAGAGGCUGCCGCACAGCAGAAGUCACGGACAUUUGCAAGCUGAUGUGGUGAAGUCUCCCGAAGCAGAAACACUUUUGAGAGCUCAGCAAUACUGGGCGAAACUGCGUCACAGGUCUUGGAGUGACUGGGAUGAGACACAGCUGCAGGCUGACGUGUAUCUAUUUGUUGACCAUUUUGUCAUCGACUUUAAGCUCACCACUUACAAAGAAUGUGUCACCUCCACGGCCAUUCCUCGCGUUGUUUGGAUGCUGUGGUUUCAGGGGUGGGAUCGUGCGCCCUAUGUAUGCCAGAAGUGCAAGAAGCAUGGCAACAAAGGAAGUCUUUCGAACUUUGGAAUCCAGGGUGGGAGGUGCGAGCGCUCGACGAAAAGACUUUGCCUGAUGCUCUCGGUGACUACUGCAAGCAGUUCACAUUUCUAUGCAAGGCCAACAAUCCCCUCGCACCGCUUGGGAUGUCUUGGAUACCUCCCGCAGCAGCAGCAGAUGUCCUGCGAAUCUUCUUGUUGCAGCGCUAUGGAGGUGUGUGGGCAGAUGCAACAAUUCUUUGCCGCCGUCCCUUGGAUGAUUGGAUUGAUGAAGCAGCUGCGCCAGCCGAUGGAUUUUUUGCCUUUGCACCAGAAAAAGGAGCGUGUGCACCACCACUGGCAGCUGGAUCACCGGCCGAACCUUGAAUACUUUUGGUUGCAUGCCCUCUUUGGACAGUUGGUGCAGGAGAACCCGCUGGCGAAAGACGUGUGGGAGCGCGCCAAAAAGCUUACAGCAGAAUAUGCGCAACCAGGACCCCAUCUUCACAUGCCAUAUGAAGAGGUGCUGGCAAAACCGCCCUCCACCACAUUCAAAGAACUUGUUGAAAAGAAGUCGGAACCAAUCUACAAACUGACCAUCCACGAUGUGAAAUUUCAUAAGACUCGCGAUGUGCUACUGCAGCGUGAUGGUUCUGAAUUUCAUGGGUUUGCGGCUUCUAGUUCCAGCUUUGAGUAUUUGAUGCGGCGCACCCUCGAGGAAGCUGAAAUCUAUUUCGAAAAAGUAAAAGGCCGCCGCAGUCCUUGGCAACCUGAAUUAUCGCCAUUUCGAAAGGAUUACGGACUCAACAUUGCAGACCAGCCCAUGAUGCCAGGCUAA